CUCUCCCUUUCCUUCAUUUGGCAACCUCCACAACUCAUCAACUCCACUCCUCCCCUCCCCUCGCAAACCAAACCCAAGCAAAGCAAGCAUCCAAUGCUUCCCCCCUUCCUCCCUAAUCACCCCCGCUAAUCGCUCCCGACGCCACCACUAAUCGAAGCCGGAGGAGGGAGGCGGCGGCGGGAUGGACACCGCGUCGUUCGUGACGUCGCUGCUGACGUCGUUCGUGAUCUUCGUCGUGCUGGUGCUGGUGUUCACGUGGCUGUCGAGCAGGCCGGGCAAUGCGCCGGUGUACUACCCGAGCGUCCUGCUGCGGGGGCUCGACCCGUGGGAGGGGCGGGGGCGGGGGACGAGGAGCCCCGUCGGGUGGCUGCGCCAGGCGAUCUCCGCCUCGGAGGGUGACGUCGUCGCCGCCGGCGGGGUCGACGCCGCCGUCUACCUCGUCUUCCUCUCCUCCGUGUUGUCCAUCUUGGUGUUCUCUGGGAUUGUGCUGCUUCCAGUUCUGCUACCUGUUGCUGCUACUGACGAUAACCUGAACCUGGAAAGGGCUAUUGGCCUGAAGAAUGGCAAAACACCCCAGAACUUCACAGAGCUCGAGAAAUUAGCACUGGGCAAUGUUCAAGAACAUAGCCGAAGGCUGUGGGCAUUUCUAUUAUCAGUCUAUUGGGUCUCUUUUGUCACGUACUUCGUACUAUGGAAGUCCUACAAGCAUGUUUCUAAUAUGAGAGCGGCUGCAAGAUCAACACCAGAUGUUAAACCGGAGGAGUUUGCUGUGUUGGUGAGAGAUGUUCCUAAGCCACCUCCUGAUCAAACUAUAAAGGAUUCUGUAGACUCAUAUUUCCGAGCACUUCAUCCUGAUACCUUCUACAGAUCAAUGGUUGUGACUGACCACACAAAGGCUGACAAAAUUUAUCAAGAGAUUGAAGGUCACAAACAGAAAAUUGCUCGUGCUGAAGUUGUCUAUGCGGAGUCUAAAACAACAGGCAAGCCUGAGGGCACCAAGCCUACGCAUCGGAUUGGAUUUCUUGGUCUUAUCGGUAAAAAGGUUGAUACAAUUGAGUAUUGUAAUGACCAAAUCAAGGAGUUGCUGCCCAAACUGGAGGCCGAACAGAAGACUACCCUUCGUGAGAAACAGCAACAGGCUGCAAUUGUGUUUUUCAACAGAAGAUCUGCUGCAGCUUCUGCAUCUCAGACUCUCCAUGCUCAGAUGUUUGAUAAAUGGACUGUUGAGCAGGCUCCUGAACCACGCCAGAUAAUAUGGUCUAAUCUUUCCAAGAAAAUAUAUGAGAGGCAAAUCAGACAGGUUGUGGUCUAUACCAUUGUCUUUCUCACAGUGGUUUUCUAUAUGAUUCCUAUUACUGCUAUCUCUGCUCUUACAACUUUGGAGAAGUUGAGGGAGAAGCUUCCCUUUCUGAAGGUGGUGGUGGACCAACCGAAAAUCAAGACUGUCCUACAGGCUUACCUCCCGCAGCUUGCACUUAUUGUUUUCCUUGCUUUGCUGCCUAGUCUUCUAAUGUUCCUCUCAAAGCUGGAGGGGAUUCCUUCACAGGGUCAUACAGUUAGGGCAGCAGCAGGGAAGUACUUCUACUUCAUUGUGUUCAAUGUCUUCCUUGGGGUUACUAUUAGUUCCACAUUGUUCAGUGCUUUGACAACCAUAAUCAAUAACCCUCCUGGGAUUGUGAACAUGCUUGCCAGCAGCCUUCCAGGAAGUGCAACUUUCUUCCUUACAUUUGUUGCACUGAAAUUCUUUGUUGGUUAUGGGCUUGAGCUCUCUCGCUUGGUCCCUCUUAUCAUUUUCCACCUGAAGAGGAAGUACCUAUGCAAGACCGAGGAUGAAGUGAGAGCAGCUUGGGCUCCAGGCGACCUAGGAUAUAACACCAGGGUUCCGAAUGACAUGCUCAUAGUUACAAUAGUGCUGUGCUACUCUGUCAUUGCACCUCUGAUUAUUCCAUUUGGUGUUGCUUACUUUGCUCUUGGAUGGAUUAUAGUGAAAAAUCAGGUUCUCCGAGUUUAUGUUCCCAGCUACGAGAGCAACGGGCGAAUGUGGCCACAUAUGCACACAAGGAUCAUUGCAGCUCUACUGAUUUACCAGAUCACCAUGGUUGGUGUCAUCCUGCUGAAGAAGUUCUUGUACUCCCCUGUUCUUGUGCCCCUCAUCCCAAUAAGCUUCAUCUUCGCCUACAUUUGCCAUAUGCGGUUCUACCCGGCGUUCGCCAAGACCCCUCUCGAGGUGGUUCAGCACAACGUGAAAGACACGCCGAACAUGGAUGCCGUCUACACCUCCUACAUCCCGGCUUGCCUGAAGCCUGAGAAGCUAGAGGAUGUGGAUAUCUUCGAAGACGCCCAGUUGCACACCACCUCCAGAGCCCCAUCCAUCUAAUGCAAGUGCUGGUUGCUUGUGUCGAGACCGGAGAGUAUUACUCAUCAUCACUGCAAACGAAUUUCUGAUGAAUUUCCACGUUGAAAUGAACCCCUGUGAAGUGUGAAUCUGCUAUUGCCAGGAUAGGAAAACUUAUGUCAUGUCCGUGUACAUAAUAUGCACUCGGGAUUGCUUGCCUUCUUAAUGUGUGUGUUGAGGUUUAUUCUUUACUUCAUAGUUCUAGGUAGCUGCUGUGGAUAUCGCGCCUUUUUAAGUUUAAGUUUCUAUCAUAUGUUCAUGCUCGUGGUGACUGCUAAAUCUAGUCCUCUUAUGUGUAACAAAACUCAGAAAUCUGUUGCCUAGUGCACCGUAACCUGAUUGAUAAUUUACUGAUUUACUCAUUGUUACUGUUCA